UGGGUGCUGCUUCUAAGAAAGACAUAAGCAUCCUUGCAAGGGAUGCUAUUGCGCAGGACUCACCGGAAGAAUCUCAUCCCUUGUCCUGAUGCUGUUGGAUAGCAAAGCUCAUGGUGUCUGACGAGUCUCUCAGAAGCUCUCUGUACGUUUGCACCAUUACGAGUCACGAUCCAGUCUCCGAAUUGCAGCAACAGCAAAAUAAUUUCAACACAAAGUGGACAUGGACAUCGAGGAAUUCCGCGUACGCGGUAAAGAAAUGGUUGAGUACAUUUGCGAGUUUAUGAGCAAUAUACAUAACCGACGCGUCACGCCGGAUGUGGGUCCUGGGUAUUUGAGACCAUUACUUCCGUCUGCACCACCGCAAGAAUCGGAACCAUGGGAAGACAUAAUGAAGGAUGUGGAAUCAAAGAUUAUGCCAGGAAUAACUCAUUGGCAACAUCCGCGCUUUCACGCGUACUUCCCGGCUGGUAAUUCCUUCCCUUCUAUUCUCGGCGAUAUGCUGUCUGAUGCACUUGGCUGUAUAGGAUUUUCUUGGGCGGCGAGUCCAGCCUGCACGGAAUUGGAAACAAUAGUGUGUGAUUGGUUUGGCAAAGCAAUUGGAUUACCGAAUGAUUUUCUCUACUUCCAUGAGGGCAGCAAAGGCGGUGGUGUUAUUCAGGGCUCAGCUUCCGAAUGCAUCCUAGUCUGCAUGCUGGCUGCCAGGGCUCAAGCGAUCGCAAGACUCAAGGAAUCACCGAUUCAUGCACAUCUCGACGAAACUGCACUUUUGGGAAAAUUAAUGGCGUAUUGCAGUCGAGAAAGUCACAGUUGCGUUGAAAAGGAUGCUAUGAUAUGUUUUGUCAAAUUGCGAAUUCUCGAGCCGGACGAGAAGAGUGUACUAAGGGGCGAUACACUACGUCAGGCAAUCGAAGCGGAUACGGCAGAAGGUUACGUGCCAUUUUUUGUAUCCACGACACUUGGUACAACUGCCUGUUGCUCCUUUGAUAAUCUUCGCGAAAUCGGUCCAGUGUGCAAAAAAUAUCCUGGUGUAUGGUUACACGUGGACGCUGCCUAUGCCGGCAAUGCAUUUAUCUGUCCCGAAUUGAAAUACUUAAUGGCUGGAAUAGAAUACGCGGACUCGUUCAAUACAAAUACUAACAAAUUUUUAUUAACCAAUUUCGAUUGUUCCUGUCUCUGGGUCAGAGACAGAUUUAAAUUGACGAGUGCUCUAGUUGUGGAUCCACUUUACCUUCAGCAUACUCACGCUGAUACGGCGAUAGAUUAUAGACAUUGGAGCAUUCCGCUUAGUCGACGAUUUCGCUCGCUCAAACUCUGGUUCGUGUUCAGAAGUUAUGGAAUUUCCGGACUUCAGGCGUACAUACGGAAUCACAUAGAACUCGCCAAAAGAUUUGAAUCUCUUGUGAAAAAGGAUUCUAGAUUCGAGGUUUGCAACGACGUCGUCUUGGGGCUUGUAUGUUUCCGUGCUAAGGGUUCGGAUAAGUUGAAUCAAAAGCUUCUGAGUACCAUUAAUGAUUCUGGGAAAAUUCACAUGGUACCGGCUAGAGUGAAUCAAAGAUAUACCAUUCGAUUCGCUCUUGCUGCACCUCACGCAACUGUCGAGGACGUCGAAAUAGCUUGGAGUAUCAUCACGGAUUAUCUUUCGGAAUUACUGGAAUCCAAGGAUGUCAUGGACGAGUUGGCAGAUAUUCGCGAAAAGAAAAGAAAAGCUACCCUCGAGCAAAGAAGAUCCUUUUUCGUGCGCAUGGUGUCAGAUCCAGCAAUUCAACCAGGAUUUACCAAGACGCCAAACAGGCCAGGGACAAAAUUGGAUACUCAGGCUUCGAUCGGCGGAAUCGGUUCGAAUUCUCAGCCACCAGCGCAUUCAUGGAUUUCCUGGCCAUUGGCGUAUCUCCUCCACGCUCGCGACGCAACCGAUACUAGCGAAUUAUCACUCAGAUUUCGCCAUCUGGACACGAUGGUUCGUUUAAAAACUGGAGGGAGUACGAGUCGCCGUGGAAGCAGCAAUGGUUGCAGUCCUGAAUUAUCCCCGUCGGUUUCACCCUCUCGCGGUCGGAGUCCCAAUGGCAGAGCGUAAUCCAAGCAACGGGUCGAUUCAAUUUUUCGAAAUUUCAUUGAGAACCAAAUUCGAGGUUAUAACAGAAAUUCCAGAAAGGCCUAAUAGCAACAAUCAAAAAUGCCCAGUGAAGAUCCACCGCACAGUUACGCAAAAGAGAAGGAAAUGAGAUAAACUCUGCUGAUUCAUUUCACGAAAAUCCAUAUAUCAAAGCUUGACAAUAGCGAUUUAAAAUAUCUUAAAUAAGUAAAUUCAAAUUUAUCAAAUUUUUCGAGCUAAUGUCACAACACAAAUCGAUCGACCUUUCUCGGCUUUCACUGUUCAUCUCUAUUCCUCAAUCUGCUAAAAAAUUCUAAUCAAUUCUAAUCAAUAGAUAUCGCACUAUCGAUAGAUGAGACUAGUAACUAAAAAGAUCCAAGAGCUAUAGUGACAAUAAUAAAUAAUCAAGA